AAAUAUGUUAUCUUUGAUUGGUUGAGAUUCAUUUGCGAAAUGUGAUACCCGAAUACCGAAGCGUAAAGAACAACAAGGCCUGACAUUAGUUUGGGAACACAACGAAGAUAUCGCUGGCCUAAGGGAGUCUGGCUUGACGAGACAAUGACCAGUGUUCCCUCAGCUCCACCACCAUCUUAUGAUGAAGUGAUAACAUCAGGAUCAUAUUACCCACAGACACCAGUAAACUUUCAGAGUGAUGCACCCCCUCCUUACUUCUAUGAUCUCAGUUAUCCACCGGUAGACACACAGCCCCUACCCCCGGGGCCUUCAGCUGGAGGUGCCUGUGCUGAACCUGACAUCUUUAUAGUUAGGCCUCCAUCCUCUAGCUCACACCAAUCCAAUCAAAUCCUUCCAAAACCAAGUACUCUAAGUCCAGCUGCGAAUCCCACCCCGGAUUCUGACCGAACCCAUUCUCCUAAUCCAGCCCCCGGUCAAAGCCAGCCACAGAACCAAAAUGCUUGCACACCAUCUUUUAAGGACAAGAAAGUUAUUCUUGGCUUUUUCCAAUGUAUCUACCUAAUCCUCUUGGUACAGGCAGUGAGUGCACUGGCAGCUUCCGCUGGAUUCUAUAGCAAUGAUUACCUCAGAUAUUCGCUGGAUUCAGGAAAUUCUGGACCAAGAAAUGCAUCCAUAGGUCUGUGUUGUGGAGUCAUUGUUGUUGCCUGGAUCACAAAAGACUUAAGGAGACGGAAUAAGCUAGUUUGUAUCAUCUUUAUGAUUGUAUUGACCUUAGUACUUUCCUAUGCAGCAAUGAUUUUGGCCUGUGGUGUUGGCAAUACUAGUCCAUUGAUCUUUAUUGGAAUAGUUAGUGCCCAUAGUAUUUUGAUGCAGAUAUUUAUUCACCAAGAAAAGAUUGCCUAUACUUUGAUAUCAGGAAUGGUCUUCACAUUUGUGACAGUGUCCAUUUUGAGUGGAAUCUCCAUGGCUAUAUUUAGUCCGAUGAUGGUUCUAUUCGGAGGACCUCCUGCCUUGAUAUUCAGUUGGUGGGCGCUUAUAAUUAUUUGGUGCACGAUACAUGACCCCAAGAAUAAUGUGAAGCCUGACCAAUACCUUGCAGAACAACCAAUCAUUUUUGCUGGACUCAUUUUCAGUCCUUUGAUCAUCUUAGCAAUUAUUUUCUGCAAGUUUGAAUGGAAGAAGUACAAAUAGUGUUGGAGUAGUUUAACUUGAAUGCUUAUUGUGCAGAUCACUGAUGUACUUCAUAACCAUGUGUAUAACUAUAUAUCUGUGUAUCUAUGUAUCUAUGUAUACUAGAUCUUUAUACCAACUCAGUUUUAACGCCAAUCAUUGUUUUAUACUAGAUCUUUAUACCAACUCAGUUUUAACGCCAAUCAUUGUUUUAUACUAGAUCUUUAUACCAACUCAGUUUUAACCCCAAUCAUUGUUUUAUACUAGAUCUUUAUACCAACUCAAUUUUAAUGCCAAUCAUUGUUUUAUACUAGAUCUUUAUACCAACUCAGUUUUAACGCCAAUCAUUGUUUUAUACUAGAUCUUUAUACCAACUCAAUUUUAACCCCAAUCAUUGUUUUAUACUAGAUCUUUAUACCAACUCAAUUUUAAUGCCAAUCAUUGUUUUUUUUUACAUUGUUACCAUGAUUAGGCUAUUUUGUCAUCGUUCAGGUUAAGAGUAUCACUUGUGUUCAGGAGUAUAUCAAGAGCUUGUUAAUAUUGGCUCGUCUGGUCGGGGAAUAUAAAGGAUAAGGAAUGAUGCCAUCACACAUGCCUGUCUGUCCAUGUAUAAGUAAUUUAGAGAGGGGUUAGACUGUGUUGUUUCUCAGGGACAUUGUGACCCUGUCUAUACAUGUACGAGUAGUCUAGAGAGGCGUUAGACUGUGUUGUUUCUCAGGGACUGUGACCCUGUGGUACAUGUACGAGUAGUCUAGAGAGGCGUUAGACUGUGUUGUUUCUCAGGGACAUUGUGACUCUGUCGUACAUGUACGAGUAGUCUAGAGAGGGGUUAGACUGUGUUGUUUCUCAGGGACUUUGUGACCCUGUCUAUACAUGUAUGAGUAGUCUAGAGAGGCGUUAGACUGUGUUGUUUCUCAGGGACAUUGUGACUCUGUGGUACAUGUACGAGUAGUCUAGAGAGGCGUUAGACUGUGUUGUUUCUCAGGGACUGUGACUCUGUCGUACAUGUAUGAGUAGUCUAGAGAGGCGUUAGACUGUGUUGUUUCUCAGGGACUUUGUGACCCUGUCUAUACAUGUACGAGUAGUCUAGAGAGGCGUUAGACUGUGUUGUUUCUCAGGGACUGUGACUCUGUCUAUACAUGUACGAGUAGUCUAGAGAGGCGUUAGGCUGUGUUGUUUCUCCGGGACUUUGUGACCCUGUCUAUACAUGUACGAGUAGUCUAGAGAGGCGUUAGACUGUGUUGUUUCUCAGGGACAUUGUGACCCUGUCAUACAUGUACGAGUAGUCUAGAGAGGCGUUAGACUGUGUUGUUUCUCAGGGACUGUGACCCUGUCUAUACAUGUACGAGUAGUCUAGAGAGGCGUUAGACUGUGUUGUUUCUCAGGGACAUUGUGACUCUGUCUAUACAUGUACGAGUAGUCUAGAGAGGCGUUAGACUGUGUUGUUUCUCAGGGACAUUGUGACCCUGUCAUACAUGUACGAGUAGUCUAGAGAGGCGUUAGACUGUGUUGUUUCUCAGGGACUGUGACCCUGUCUAUACAUGUACGAGUAGUCUAGAGAGGCGUUAGACUGUGUUGUUUCUCAGGGACAUUGUGACUCUGUCUAUACAUGUAUGAGUAGUCUAGAGAGGGGUUAGACUGUGUUGUUUCUCAGGGACUUUGUGACCCUGUCUAUACAUGUAUGAGUAGUCUAGAGAGGCGUUAGACUGUGUUGUUUCUCAGGGACAUUGUGACUCUGUGGUACAUGUACGAGUAGUCUAGAGAGGCGUUAGACUGUGUUGUUUCUCAGGGACUGUGACUCUGUCGUACAUGUAUGAGUAGUCUAGAGAGGCGUUAGACUGUGUUGUUUCUCAGGGACUGUGACUCUGUCAUACAUGUGUGAGUAGUCUAGAGAGGCGUUAGACUGUGUUGUUUCUCAGGGACAUUGUGACUCUGUCGUACAUGUACGAGUAGUCUAGAGAGGCGUUAGACUGUGUUGUUUCUCAGGGACAUUGUGACUCUGUCGUACAUGUACGAGUAGUCUAGAGAGGCGUUAGACUGUGUUGUUUCUCAAGGACUUUGUGACCUUG